AGUCAAGCUUUCCCUCUCUUUAUUUUCCAACCUUUUACACAUCGCGCUUCUGAAAUUCAUUCCGAAGAAACCAAAGUGGUCGCACGCUCCCUAAAUUUCCCAAGCUUUCCCGCUCUUUACCUUUUGCCGCAGAGCCAUGGUGUACAUUGCCUCAUGGGAUGAAUUCGUCGAGCGUUCUGUGCAAUUGUUCCGUUCCGAUCCCAAUUCCACGCGGUACAACAUUAAGUAUCGGCACUGCGAUGGGAAACUGGUUCUCAAGGUCACCGAUAACCGUGAGUGUCUCAAAUUCAAGACUGACCAGGCACAGGAUGCCAAGAAGAUGGAAAAACUCAACAACAUAUUCUUCGCACUGAUGGCCCGGGGACCUGAUGUGGAUAUAUCGGAAGUCACAGGCAAGGAGCAGGCUGAUGCACAGCCAACCAAGAAAGGGAGGGGGAGGAAGCAAUGACUUCUCAUUGAAUACUGCACGGAUAGAUCAACCACAUGUGGGAGUGAGAUUCAAACGUUUGAUGUUUGGUCAAGGUAUCUUGCCUUUAAUUUGGAUUGACAAAAAUUUAUAGUUCAUGAGAUUAAAUCGUUGUAGUUGUUUAUUAAGAUGUUAAAUAUUUUGCCUGGUUUUUAAGCAUAAAAUAUUAGUGUUAGAACAAUUCAACUGUUUCAUGAAGGGUUGAAUUUCAUGUUUGUUUGCACAUUCAUGAUUGUUAGAAACGUAUUACAAGGAACCCAAAAUUCAAAAUUCCAAAAA